UUCAGCCAGCAGCAGCAGCAGCAGCAGAGGAGCUGCAGCUGCUCCUGCUCUGUGUCUCUGAACUUUUUCCCGCCUGAUAAAUGGACUCAGACGGAGGAUUUAGUAACAUCACUGGGAAUUUAAUGACUUACAGAAGCUUAAUUUUCCGUUUUUAUAUUAUCAGUCGCUCCUUCUUCUUUCUGCUGUAAAGCUAAGCUAAGCUAAUCAAUCUAGCUAGCAUGCUACAGUGACUUUUCCUCCACAUGAAGAAGAGGAAGCUUUCAAGACACUCUGAUGGCUUCAACGUCUGCAGCUGGAAAAGAAAUAUGGCGCACAGGUGACACCUGUCUGGCUCCUGACCCGAGAGAUGGCACCCUGCGAGAAGCCACCAUUCAGAGACCGACCACCUCUCAUAAUAAUGACACUAAAGCAUGGGUGCUGUUCGAUGAUGAGGAAGAGGAGGAGGCUGUACCUGUCUCGAAACUAAUGAGACCAGGCUCCAGUCACUUCACCCAGGAGAAACCUUUGUUUCCCAGCAGCACCACAGACCCCAGGCUGUGCGUCCCCUUAAAUCUGAGUGAUGUUGAUGGAGACAGAGUCCCCUACACCAUCAACAGAUACCUGAGGGAUUACCAGAGAGAGGGCAUCAGGUUCAUUUACAACAACUACAUGCGGUCCAGAGGGUGUAUCCUGGGUGACGACAUGGGUCUGGGAAAAACUGUACAGGUCAUAGGUUUCCUUGCUGCUGUGCUGCACAAAACGGGCACAUGGGAGGACAUCCAGAAAAACAGGCCUGACUUUCUGCAGAGUCAGCAGCCCUCCAAGCAAAGUAAACCCAAGAAAGUGUUCCUGAUUGUGGCCCCGCUGUCGGUGCUUUAUAACUGGAAAGAUGAACUGGACACAUGGGGUCACUUCCAGUGUGUGGUGGUCCACGGGUUGAGGAAAGAGGAGGAGCUGGCUCGCAUCAAGAAGGGACGCAUUGAGAUUGCUCUCACUACCUACGAGACACUGCGCCUUUGUCUGGAUCAGUUUAAUAACAUUGACUGGUCUGCUGUAGUUGUGGAUGAAGCCCACAAGAUAAAAAAUCCAAACUCUCAGAUCACUCAGGCCAUGAAGGAUCUGAAAUGUAAGAUCAGAAUUGGUCUCACUGGCACCAUUUUACAGAACAACCUUGAGGAGCUGUGGUGUGUCAUGGACUGGGCCAUACCUGGUUGUCUUGGCAGCUUAGGACAUUUCAAGAGCAAGUUUUCAGAUCCGAUUGAACAAGGGCAGAGGCACAGUGCAACCAAACGUUCCUUGGCUACAGGGAGGAAGACCGUCAGAGCUCUUGUGAGGAAAAUUUCCCACUGGUUCCUUAGGAGGAAUAAAGCUCUCAUCAAGGGACAGCUGCCUAAGAAGGAUGACAGGGUAGUUUAUUGCUCUCUGACAGAUUUUCAGCAGACGGUGUAUCAGACGGUGCUGGACACUGAAGACGUCACGUUACUGCUGAGGUCUUCAGAGAAAUGUGACUGUCAAAGCAGACGCACCCGCAGAGGCUGCUGCUAUAAAACAAACUCAAACGGGGUAGAAAUGAAAAAUCUGUACUUCAGCUACUUGGCCAUAUUGAGGAAGGUUGCCAACCAUGUAGCGCUGCUUCAGUCCACUGCAGGCACCAGCAAGAAGCAGGAAAAGUAUCUUUCUGCCAUCUGUGCGAAGGUAUUCCAAAAGUUUCCAGACUUUGUGCAGAGAUGCAAAAAUGAAGCGUUUGAGGCCUUGUCGGACCCGAUGUACAGUGGAAAGAUGAAGGUUUUGCAGAAGCUGCUCAAAUUUUAUCUGCAAAGGAGAGAUAAAGUGCUUCUUUUUUCUCUCUCAACCAAGCUGUUAGACGUGCUGGAGAGCUACUGCAUGGCAGAGGGGCUGGACUACAGCAGGCUGGACGGAAACACCAAAGCCAAAGAAAGACUUCAGAUGGUCAAAGAGUUCAACAGCUCCUCUCACACUAACCUCUGCCUGGUCUCCACCAUGGCGGGUGGUCUUGGUCUUAACUUUGUUGGGGCUAAUGUUGUAGUGCUAUUCGACCCCACAUGGAACCCAGCCAAUGACCUUCAGGCUAUUGACAGGGCGUAUCGUAUUGGCCAGUGCAGGGAUGUGACUGUUCUUAGGCUGAUCUCACUGGGGACUGUAGAGGAGGUCAUCUACCUCAGACAGGUUUACAAACAGCAAUUACAGAGUUCAGUUGUGGGCAAGGAAAGUGCACGGCGGUACUUCGAGGCAGUGCAGGGGCAAGGUGUCCAUAAGGGGGAGCUGUUCGGGAUCAAAAACCUCUUCAGGCUGCAGACCCAAGGGACAUGCCUCACCCGCAAGAUACUAGAGCGAGAAGGACAAGUGGAGGCCGGUGUAAUGACAACCAGCACACACACAGGCGACGGGAAAGAGGAGGAGGAGACAAAGGGAGUUAGCCCAGGUCCUUUUUUACAGGGCUGCUGCUGCUCCGCUGAGGCCAUUCAGAUUCUUUCAAAAACACAGAAUACACUGGGGUGCCUUAACACGCACAGAAAGAGGCUCCAGGAACCUGGGCAUGCUCCACCUGGAGAUGGCCCUGUAAGGAAUGAUGAACCAGCAAAGGAGAACGGAGUUCUGGACUUCAGCAGUGGGAGUGAAGAGGAUGAGGUCGAGCGGGGGUUUAACGGGCGGACGUCAAAUCCAAGCGCAGUGGAAGGCAACAGGGGUGGGAAUGCUGCCACCGGUGCUAGUCGAUUGAGUCUCUUCCAGCACGGUUUCUCCAGACUACUUGAAGAAGUUGAAGGACAACAAGAGUUAGGAGAAGGGGAUAGCAGUGUUGAAGAAAGCCCUUUUGAGGAAGAUGUUGGGGAUCAGAAGAGGGAGGGUACCUCAUCUGGCAUCUCCAAUACAGGAAAUGGUGCAGUCUGUCUUUCUAAAAUGGGAAAGAAAACCAGGGACCUCUCCAGUGGUUCAGACAUGGAAGAAAGGGAGGAAAGAGGUGGAGGAAGACAAGAAAGGGUUUCUCUGGUGAAACAGAGCAAGAGACAGGGCCAGAAAGGAUGGACAAAUAAGAAAAUUACUGUGUUUGAGGAGAGCGAUGAAAUUUCUUCACCAGACAAAAAGAAACCUAACAAGCUCAACACUGCAAUUCCAAGAGUGCAUCACUUUGAGGGUUACUCCGAUGAAUCUGAGGAUUUGGACCUAGAGGCGAUGGCAGUUCCCAAGAGGGACGCUUUGGAUUCAAACACUAAAGGAGGAGACAAAGGGAGAGGAAGACUAGACCGUAACAGAAAGCGGCUAAGUUCUAGUGUCAGGGACAAGGCCAGAUCCAAAUACUCAGACGAAAUAGAGACAUUCACAUCUUCAGAAGAUGAACACACUCCUGUUAAGAAAGCAAGACCCACAGGAUGUCACUUCACAUCUCCACAGACGGAAAGAUCCAGAGAGGAGUUGCCAAAAGAAAGGCAAAGAGCUGCAACAACUGACCGGGCUGAGAGACGAGCAGGAUCAUCCAAAGGUGUUUCAUUCACCAGUCUGAAAAGUCCGUCGUCCAAAGGAAAGGAUGGCACCAUUGACAGUGUGCUAGGGGGCGUACAGGAAGUGAUGUACAUGCACUCCAACCAGCGCGUGGUGGGCGGGAGCAAAGCAGAGGAGCUGAUCAGUAGAGCAGCUGUGCGAGACGUGUUCAAACUCAAGAUGUACUCUCAGCUCCCGGCCAAUCACCUUCUAGGCGACAUGGAGAGCCUGUCAGUGAGUCCACCAGACAAUCAGCCUCGCCCUUCUGCUGUCAGACUGGAGAAGCCCAAUGUGGACCAUCCAGUCACCUUCACCAACAAGAGUGUGCACCACACCAGACACACCACCUUCAUCAUCGGAGAGACUCCCCUGGCCAUAAGCAGGCAGCAGCUGGAGGAAAUGGCGGAAAAAUUCAAAUUUCCCUCAGUCCAUCAGUUUGCUGUGGAGAUUCUGAGAAGAGACUCAGCCCAGAGACUGGCCUGGCUACGACAGUAUUACUCUUCACUGAACCACCCUGACCUGGCUAAUACAGUUACAAACAACUUCCCACAACCUGAUUCAGCACAGACCUCCUCCUCAGCAUCCACCAAAACAGCUGCCACAAAAUCUGAGGUAGAUAGCAGAACCCCACCAAAGGAUGUUCUGAAAGCCAAGGUAAGGCCUAAAUAUGCUCAGAAGAAGCCCGAAAUCCCACAGAACAAUGGUUUUAUGCCACAGAAUAAGCCUAGAAACCCACAAAAUGAUGUUCAAGAACCCCAGAAAAAGCAAAAGAUCCCACGAAAGAAUGUUCACGAGCCUCUAAGUGAUGUUCCAAGCCUGGAUUCAGAGGAGCAGGAGGAGAGGGUCUGCAGUGCCAGAGGACACAAGAGGACAAAGAAGGGUAGUGUUUCUAGUUCUGGAGCCUUCAGAGCUGGUGGUGGUCUUGGCUCGGAUAAGGCCAGCAGCAGUGGUCUGGGGUCUGGGGAGGCUGCUGCUUUCCUGAACCGCACAGACAGAGAUACCCCUUCUUCUGCGGACCUCAGCCAUGGCAGGUCCACCACGUUAUCCAAACCCACAGCACAGGAAAGGGAGCAGGAGCAAAAAUUGUCUUCCAAGACCAGUGAACCCUUUCAAGGUCAGAGAGAAAAGCCUCACACCGCUUCCCCUCCCAUGCAGGCUCCGUCUACCUCCAGUCGCCAUUCCUUCCUCACAGAUCUGAUAGGAGACACUUCAAUCCUCGACGAUUUGUUAAAACCCAAAUCAAAGGGUGAACAGCAUCGGGGAACACCAAAAACACCCCCUGCAGCAUCUUCAGUGUCAGUACGCACAUCCAGAAUCCCUCUCAACUCUGAUUCUGGCUCAGCAGAUCUCUUAGACACUCUGUCCUCUCCAAGGUCACACAACACACUACCUACACAGCAGGCGGCAUCAAAGCGGAGUCGCAAAGACUUCUGGGACAUCCUGAAUGAGGGUAAUGAGGAGAGUAUCAACAGGUUAACAGACCCGGCAGAAGUGAAGAGGGUUUGCAUCAGCACCAAGUUUGCAGAUAGAAGUCGUUCUGGAGAAGAGGAGAGCAAGAGUCUGUGGAAGACUAAUGACAAAUUCCUGUGGAAGUAAUAAUUCAGGACAGACUAUCAGACUGUUCAAGGAUUAUUUAAUGCUUUUGUACUUUUACAGCAAAAAUGUUUUUUAUCAUCCAAAACAAUAUGAAUGUAUAUUUAAAGGAGAACUUUUUGUAUUAUUCUGAACUUAUUUUUUUAUUUUAAAAAUGACACACUACUCAUAGCUUUUUAAAAUGUUAAAUUUUUUAUUCACUGUAAUUAUUUGAAAAUGUUACUUGUCCAUUGAUUUAGUGAGUGAUUUGUAGCAGAUUUUCAUUUGGAUCGGCAUCAAAUUGUACUUAUUUAUAGAUAGGCUACCACAUGCCAGAUUUUUUUACACUAAGAUCCAUGUAUAAUUCUUAGACAGGUGAAUAGAAAUGUUGAAAUACAACCUAUCUCACAAUGUUAAAGAAAGCGAGAGAAAAAAAAUGUCCUGGAUCCGUCUCUUUAUAUGAUCCCCACCAAAAGUUAAUGGGCACUAUUCUGGGCAGAGACCCAUCCUCCACUCAAGUUUUAUGGAAAUCUGUUGAGUAGUUUUUGUGUAAUCCUGCUGACAACCAGCAAACAAACAUGGACAAAAACAUGACCUCUUUGGCAGAGGUAAUAGUGUUAGAUGGGGAAAAAUGGCAAAUUGUCAUAUUUGAGAAUCUCGUACCCUCAAAUGUUUGGCAUAUUUGCUUGAAAAAUGGUGAAAACUAUCAAAAUCAUGCAAAUUAAUCUUAUGUGGACAACUAAUUGUUUAAGCACCAUUAUUCUAUGGAAUACUUUGACAUUACGGUGGCUAAAAUGAAUGAUAUGUAACUGCCUCAUGUGUGCAUAUAUAGUUAAAGGUCAAUGUCUGUGCUCAAACUGUCCCUGCAGCUGAUGUUAUACCAGAGAAAACCCAACCUGCUGCAGGCUUUAGCCAUUACUGUUACCGGAUACCACGGCUGCUGGACUUGUUGGUGGCCGUGCAGAGAGACCCACUUAAAAACUCCAUAAUG